UCGUCUUCAAAUAGUUGGUGUGCAGUGAACCCUCCCAGAUCGAUCGUGUGUGUGUGUUUUAGAGAGAAUCAAAAUGAGGCCUGAAAUCGUACUAUUUGGGGAUUCAAUAACAGAGCAAUCGUUCAAAUAUGGUGGAUGGGGUGCUUCUCUCACUGAUACUUACUCUCGCAAGGCAGAUAUAGUGGUACGAGGAUACGGUGGAUACACUACUCGUUGGGCUCUCUUCUUGCUGCAUCACAUUUUCCCUCUGGGUUCAACUACCCCUCCAGUUGCCACUACAGUCUUUUUAGGGGCUAACGAUGCAGCACUUCCAGGUAGAGCUAGUGAACGCCAACACGUUCCUCUUGAAGAAUACAAAGAAAAUUUGAGAAAAAUCGUUCGUCAUUUAAAGGAAUGCUCCCCCACGAUGCUAAUUGUCCUUAUAACUCCCCCGCCUAUUGACGAGGAAGGGCGACAACAAUAUGCAACAUCUGUAUAUGGAGAAAAAGCAAUGACUGCUCCGGAAAGAACAAAUGAAGUAGCUGGAAAUUAUGCAAACGAGUGUGUUGAGGUAGCUAAGGAACUCGGUGUUUCUUCGGUCAACUUAUGGUCAAAGAUGCAAGAAACGCAGGGCUGGCAGAAAAAGUUUCUAAGUGAUGGACUGCACCUAACCCCAGAUGGGAACAGGGUUGUUUAUGAAGAAGUUGUAAAAGUGUUUAACGGAGCGUCGCUUUGUGCCGCUGAUAUGCCUUCUGAUUUCCCUCAUCACUCAGAAAUUGAUCCUCAAAACCCUGCAAAGGUUUUCCAGGAAAGAGGCUUGUUGUAAUCUAUCUUUACCUUUUUACUAUUUCAUAAUUCUUGAAAUAAUUCUUAUUUGGAACUUAUUAUGUUAAUGACUCUAUUUGUUCCUUAAUCUUAAUUCUGGACCUGUACUCCAACAGUCCAACUAUAAAACUAUUCCUCAAAUCCAUUUAUGAUCUUAUAUUGUUAAGUCA